AUGCGCAGCCGUUUAUGCGCCGCAGAAGCGGCUGCGCAGAAGCGGCUGCGCAGAAGCGGCUGCGCAGAAGCGGCUGCGCAGAAACGGCUGCGCAGAAACGGCUGCACAGGAACAGCUGCGCAGGAACAGCUGCGCAGAAGCAGCUGCGCAGGAACAGCUGCGCAGAAGCAGCUGCGCAGGAACAGCUGCGCAGGAACAGCUGCGCAGGAACAGCUGCGCAGGAACAGCUGCGCGGGAACAGCUGCGCGGGAACAGCUGCGCGGGAACAGCUGCGCGGAAACAGCUGCGCAGGAACAGCUGCGAAGAAACAGCUGCGCAGGAACAGCUGCGCAGAAACAGCUGCGCAGGAACAGCUGCGCAGGAACAGCUGCGCAGGAACAGCUGCGCAGGAACAGCUGCGCAGGAACUGCUGCGCAGAAACAGCUGCGCAGGAACAGCUGCGCAGGAACAGCUGCGCAGGAACAGCUGCGCAGGAACAGCUGCGCAGAAACAGCUGCGCAGGAACAGCUGCGCAGAAACAGCUGCGCAGGAACAGCUGCGCAGAAACAGCUGCGCAGAAACAGCUGCGCAGGAACAGCUGCGCAGGAACAGCUGCGCAGAAACAGCUGCGCAGAAACAGCUGCGCAGAAAUUGCUGCGCAGGAACGGCUGCGCAGGAACGGCUGCGCAGGAACGGCUGCGCAGGAACGGCUGCGCAGGAACGGCUGCGCAGGAACGGCUGCGCAGGAACGGCUGCGCAGGAACGGCUGCGCAGGAACGGCUGCGCAGGAACGGCUGCGCAGGAACGGCUGCGCAGGAACGGCUGCGCAGAAACGGCUGCGCAGUAACGGCUGCGCAGGAACGGCUGCGCAGAAACGACUGCGCAGAAACGGCUGCGCAGGAACGGCUGCGCAGGAACGGCUGCGCAGGAACGGCUGCGCAGAAACGGCUGCGCAGAAACGGCUGCGCAGAAACGGCUGCGCAGAAACGGCUGCGCAGAAACGGCUGCGCAGAAACGGCUGCGCAGAAGCGGCUGCGCAGAAACGGCUGCGCAGAAACGGCUGCGCAGAAGCGGCUGCGCAGAAGCGGCUGCGCAGAAGCGGCUGCGCAGAAGCGGCUGCGCAGAAGCGGCUGCGGAGAAGCGGCUGCGCAGAAGCGGCUGCGCAUUAUCGGCUGCGCAUUAGCGGCUGCGCAGAAGCGGCUGCGCAGAAGCGGCUGCGCAGAAGCGGCUGCGCAGAAGCGGCUGCGCAGAAGCGGCUGCGCAGAAGCGGCUGCGCAGAAGCGGCUGCGCAGAAGCGGCUGCGCAGAAGCGGCUGCGCAGAAACGGCUGCGCAGAAACGGCUGCGCAGAAACGGCUGCGCAGAAACGGCUGCGCAUAAACGGCUGCAAACGGCUGCGCAGAAACGGCUGCGCAGAAACGGCUGCGCAGAAACGGCUGCGCAGAAACGGCUGCGCAGAAACGGCUGCGCAGAAACGGCUGCGCAGAAACGGCUGCGCAGAAACGGCUGCGCAGAAACGGCUGCGCAGAAACGGCUGCGCAGAAACAGCUGCGCAGGAACAGCUGCGCAGGAACAGCUGCGCAGGAACAGUUGCGCAGCAACAGCUGCGCAGGAACAGCUGCGAACAGCUGCGCAGGAACAGCUGCGCAGGAACAGCUGCGCAGGAACAGCUGCGCAGGAACAGCUGCUCAGGAACAGCUGCGCAGGAACAGCUGCGCAGGAACAGCUGCCUGCGCAGAAACAGCUGCGCAGAAACAGCUGCGCAGAAACAGCUGCGCAGAAGCAGCUGCGCAGAAACAGCUGCGCAGAAGCAGCUGCGCAGAAGCAGCUGCGCAGAAGCAGCUGCGCAGAAGCAGCUGCGCAGAAGCAGCUGCGCAGAAGCAGCUGCGCAGAAGCAGCUGCGCAGGAGCAGCUGCGCAGGAACAGCUGCGCAGGAACAGCUGCGCAGGAACAGCUGCACAGAAGCAGCUGCGCAGGAACAGCUGCGCAGAAGCAGCUGCGCAGAAACAGCUGCGCAGGAACAGCUGCGCAGGAACAGCUGCGCAGGAACAGCUGCGCAGGAACAGCUGCGCAGGAACGGCUGCGCAGGAACGGCUGCGCAGGAACGGCUGCGCAGGAACGGCUGCGCAGAAACGGCUGCGCAGGAACGGCUGCGCAGGAACGGCUGCGCAGAAACGGCUGCGCAGAAACGGCUGCGCAGAAACGGCUGCGCCGAAACGGCUGCGCCGAAACGGCUGCGCAGAAACGGCUGCGCCGAAACGGCUGCGCCGAAACGGCUGCGCAGAAACGGCUGCGCAGAAACGGCUGCGCCGAAACGGCUGCGCCGAAACAGCUGCGCCGAAACAGCUGCGCAGAAACAGCUGCGCAGAAACAGCUGCGCCGAAACAGCUGCGCAGAAACAGCUGCGCCGGAACAGCUGCGCCGGAACAGCUGCGCCGGAACAGCUGCGCAGGAACAGCUGCGCAGGAACAGCUGCGCGGAAACAGCUGCGCAGAAGCGGCUGCGCAGAAACGGCUGCGCAGAAACGGCUGCGCAGAAACGGCUGCGCAGGAACGGCUGCGCAGGAACGGCUGCGCAGGAACGGCUGCGCAGGAACGGCUGCGCAGGAACGGCUGCGCAGGAACGGCUGCGCAGCAACGGCUGCGCAGGAACGGCUGCUCAGGAACGGCUGCGCAGGAACGGCUGCGCAGAAACCGCUGCGCAGAAACGGCUGCGCAGAAACGGCUGCGCAGAAACGGCUGCGCAGAAACGGCUGCGCAGAAACGGCUGCGCAGAAACGGCUGCGCAGUAACGGCUGCGCAGAAGCGGCUGCGCAGAAGCGGCUGCGCAGAAGCGGCUGCGCAGAAGCGGCUGCGCAGAAGCGGCUGCGCAGAAGCGGCUGCGCAGAAGCGGCUGCGCAGAAGCGGCUGCGCAGAAGCGGCUGCGCAGAAGCGGCUGCGCAGAAGCGGCUGCGCAGAAGCGGCUGCGCAGAAGCGGCUGCGCAGAAGCGGCUGCGCAGAAGCGGCUGCGCAGAAGCGGCUGCGCAGAAGCGGCUGCGCAGAAGCGGCUGCGCAGAAGCGGCUGCGCAGAAGCGGCUGCGCAGAAGCGGUUGCGCAGAAGCGGCUGCGCAGAAGCGGCUGCGCAGAAGCGGCUGCGCAGAAGCGGCUGCGCAGAAGCGGCUGCGCAGAAGCGGCUGCGCAGAAACGGCUGCGCAGAAACGGCUGCGCAGAAACGGCUGCGCCGAAACGGCUGCGCAGAAACGGCUGCGACGAAACGGCUGCGACGAAACGGCUGCGCCGAAACGGCUGCGCCGAAACGGCUGCGCCGAAACGGCUGCGCAGAAACAGCUAGGCAGAAACAGCUGCGCAGAAACAGCUGCGCAGAAACAGCUGCGCAGAAGCAGCUGCGCAGAAGCAGCUGCGCAGAAACAGCUGCGCAGAAACAGCUGCGCAGAAGCAGCUGCGCAGAAGCAGCUGCGCAGAAACAGCUGCGCAGAAGCAGCUGCGCAGAAGCAGCUGCGCAGAAGCAGCUGCGCAGAAGCAGCUGCGCAGGAUCAGCUGCGCAGGAUCAGCUGCGCAGGAUCAGCUGCGCAGGAACGGCUGCGCAGGAACGGCUGCGCAGGAACGGCUGCGCAGGAACGGCUGCGCAGGAACGGCUGCGCAGGAACGGCUGCGCAGAAACGGCUGCGCAGGAACGGCUGCGCAGGAACGGCUGCGCAGAAACGGCUGCGCAGAAACAGCUGCGCAGAAGCAGCUGCGCAGAAACAGCUGCGCAGAAGCAGCUGCGCAGAAACAGCUGCGCAGAAGCAGCUGCGCAGAAGCAGCUGCGCAGAAGCAGCUGCGCAGAAGCAGCUGCGCAGAAGCAGCUGCGCAGAAGCAGCUGCGCAGGAACAGCUGCGCAGGAACAGCUGCGCAGGAACAGCUGCGCAGAAGCAGCUGCGCAGGAACAGCUGCGCAGAAGCAGCUGCGCAGGAACGGCUGCGCAGGAACGGCUGCGCAGGAACGGCUGCGCAGGAACGGCUGCGCAGGAACGGCUGCGCAGGAACGGCUGCGCAGGAACGGCUGCGCAGGAACGGCUGCGCAGGAACGGCUGCGCAGGAACGGCUGCGCAGGAACGGCUGCGCAGGAACGGCUGCGCAGAAACGGCUGCGCCGAAACGGCUGCGCCGAAACGGCUGCGCAGAAACGGCUGCGCCGAAACGGCUGCGCCGAAACGGCUGCGCAGAAACGGCUGCGCAGAAACGGCUGCGCCGAAACGGCUGCGCCGAAACGGCUGCGCCGAAACGGCUGCGCCGAAACGGCUGCGCAGAAACGGCUGCGCAGAAACAGCUGCGCCGAAACAGCUGCGCAGAAACAGCUGCGCCGUAACAGCUGCGCCGGAACAGCGCAGCCGCUUCUGCGCAGCCGCUUCUGCGCAGCCGCUUCUGCGCAGCCGCUUCUGCGCAGCCGCUUCUGCGCAGCCGCUUCUGCGCAGCCGCUUCUGCGCAGCCGCUUCUGCGCAGCCGCUUCUGCGCAGCCGCUUCUGCGCAGCCGCUUCUGCGCAGCCGCUUCUGCGCAGCCGCUUCUGCGCAGCCGCUUCUGCGCAGCCGCUUCUGCGCAGCCGCUUCUGCGCAGCCGCUUCUGCGCAGCCGCUUCUGCGCAGCCGCUUCUGCGCAGCCACUUCUGCGCAGCCGUUACUGCGCAGCCGUUUCUGCGCAGCCGUUUCUGCGCAGCCGUUUCUGCGCAGACGUUUCGGCGCAGCCGUUUCGGCGCAGCCGUUUCGGCGCAGCCGUUUCGGCGCAGCCGUUUCGGCGCAGCCGUUUCUGCGCAGCCGCUUCUGCGCAGCCGCUUCUGCGCAGCCGCUUCUGCGCAGCUGUUUCUGCGCAGCUGUUUCUGCGCAGCUGUUUCUGCCUAG